CCCUUUCCCUAAACCUUUUUCUUUUUUUUCCUUUUUUCUUCUCCCUUUCUUACGCAUCAAUCCCUACUCUUCUCCCGUGUUUCCCCAGAAUUUUGUUCUUUCUACCGGUCGAGGUAUACCCUUUGAGUUUUUGAUUUUCUAUUUUCUCUAUUUUCUCAAGGCCCACCCCUUUUUGCCUUUUUUCUUUCCGUGCGUUUAACGAACUUCACUUUUUUUUUUUUUUCCCUUUCUCCGCGACGGCGGCCCUCAUCUCUUUCUCAUUCCCUCGUUUUCACACUGUUCCAAUUUUAUCCUUCACCCUCGGUCUCCCUUCACUUGACCCGCGGACCGUUUUGUCCGAGAGAUGAGUGCUCUAUUUGGCUCCUGUGGAGUUGGAUUCGCCCAGGAGAAUUGAUUAUCUGACCGGCGGUGGAGGGUGUAUAGGAUGGGGGAAGUUCAUAGUAUGAGGACAACUCCGCUUCCAUCGCCGGCCGAGGCCCCUUCGCCUGUCGCCGCACCUCAUCCUCACCCCCCUCAGUCAACAUCCGACCUCGUUUCCAGUAGAAAUGACGGAUGUACAGUGGAUGGAAACGUAACCAUAGAGGAUAACAGAUGGAAGGCUAACUCUCAAUCUCCUUCUGUGUUGGAUGAACAGACUGCGAACCCGUUUGGUACAUCACUAUCUGCGAAGGAGAAUACAGCCUCGGGAACAGGGUACCAAGAGGAUCAAGGACGAAGUUCGCAGACCCUCAAGGAAUUACGGCGGCAGAUGGAGGAGCUGCUUGUCUACCAACAGAUGCAACAAUCCCAGAACCAGAUCUCAUCAGGACUUCGUGAGACGACUUCGUCGCAAGCAGACACCGUUUCUUCGAGUUACGAGUCGUCGAGGAAAAGGCGUAUUUCCGAUGUAUCUUCCCCGAGGGUCGCACCGUUCCCAACAGAAGCCAUGCCUUCUGCUUCAUAUUCCGAUUCGACUGGUUCAGGUGGCACGAUACGAGCCACCGAUUCAACGCACGAUAAUCUACCGGGACAGACUCCCUCGUACCCAUUUCCGCGAAUGCAACAACAGCAGCAGCAGCAACAACAACAACAACAACAACGAAAGGCUCCUCCGAGGUCGAUGCAAGAUCCUGCAUCCAACCAUAAUCUAUUCAAGCUGACGCUUCCGGCCGAAAAGCUCAAAGUCCAUAGAAUGUCCUCGCAAGCAACCGACGAACGACAACCCACCGCGAUGAAGACUCCUGCAUCUCAUAAUGUGUUCCUUCCACCCCAACACAAAACUGUGGCCGAGGAUCCGAGUUAUCCUACUCCCAGCUUAUAUGAUCUCACGUUACAGAUCAAUGCGGAUCCCGGGCUUGAUGCAUGGUGGGCCAACGUUGUCCACAUUUUACAGGAGCACUAUGGCGCGGAGCGAGCGUCGCUUGCCGUACCAGGGGAUGCGACAGAUCUUGAAAACGUUCCAUGGGGCCAGAAGGCAGUCUUCGAUCGGAUUGCAGGAUAUGAACGGGACACUUUGCAGAAUCAGCAGUCGCACACCGAGACAACCGCAACGAAUAAUAUCUCUAUUAAAGAAGAUGGCAGCCCAGAAAGCAGGAAAGAAGGGUCUAGCACGGAAAACUUCGCGAAUGGAUCGGGGGCUGUUAAGCUUCUAAAAAGACCUUCACUCCUCUCACGGCACUCGUUCGCAGGAUUUGGCAAGGAACGGAAACUAUCAACCUGGCAAGAUUCAGAUAUCUCGCAGCAAGUGCAGAAGGCAAAAAACGGGAACAAGCGAGUCCAGAUCUCCGACGAAAACCCAGCCGAUGCCGGAACCACCCAGAAACCGGCCUCACCUCUUCCUUACCAGGAGCAGACCAUGUCGUUUACGCAGCCCUUCGAUCCGAUCAGCUCCUCAGAGUAUUGUCAUCGUCAGAUUGUCUUUCCUACAUCCCGACCCUUGGAAGUCGAAACUGACCCGCUUAUAAAGAGAACUGGCGUUGUGAAGUUGUUUGGGCGCACGGGGCCAGUUGUUUUAACCAGGGAAUACUCGGAGAAUACCGCAGCGAAGCAGUCCCAAGGUGACAUUCAAACGCCAGAGGAUGUAGUGCAAGUUACUCCCACGGCUGAGCCUGUCCGGCCGUCGAAGCAGGAGCCUACUGCUCGGUCCAGGUCUGUCUCCAACCCAGCCACCUCGGGGUUUCAUGCGCCAAAGGCUCAGUUGAUGCAAUUCUAUGACGAAUAUGAGCAAGUGCCUCCAUCACCUUGGUCCCAAUCACCUGCUCCUUCGCCAGCACCCCGUACGCAUGCAGAGCAGAAUCCCUUCUUCUUAAGUCACACCGUUGAUGAGGGUGCAUUCGCAAAACAUCCCCCACAUCACGAUUAUUCGAAUCUAAACCCUUUGGAGGCAAUCGGUGUCGACCUAGCGAAGUCUGUGGUUCACAUUCCUCUUUUGCAUGCUGGCCGCUCGAAACCAACUUCACCGUCUACUUUGAGAUUUCCGGUAGCUGUCAUCUCAAUACUAUCACCUAUAAUACCGUACCCUGCGAACUUGCGACAGUCACUUGCCUAUCUAAUUCCACAUUUGACAACUUCGUUCUGCUUAGCCCAACACUAUAGCCAGCUUGAGCGGCAAUUCACAUCUCGGCUCGAGGCCCCACGCUACGGCCAUCUUCUUGGUCUAGGUGGGACCUUUUCGGACGAGAGCAGCGAAUUAGAGCUGGUUGCUGGUCUUAGUGGACAUGUCAAUUAUAGCAUAGCCGACGACGGUUCCUUGUCGGCCCGCGCCAGCCUUUCAAGCCCCGAAGAAAGAUCGAACUCGACUAAGCUUAGCCCAUCCGGAAUAGGCACUCCUGGCCUUGACCUGAGUAGCAUCGGAGUAGGAGUUCCGGCCGUGCCUGGCGAAUCGCCAGGUCUUGCUACCAAAGUCGGAAAUGAUGCUGUGGACAGUUACUUUAACGUCCAACAACUCAAGGGCCUCCGUGAUGUCCUGACUCAUCAUCGGAAUCGACUGUCGAAGCCAAGGCAGAAUGCCACAGCCUCGACACCCACAUCACCAGGGAGGUUGUUGGGAAAGAUCCCGACGGAUGAAGAUGUCACCACUACCCAGGAGCAAAGCGCAGUACAGACAUCCCCAUCCCAGGAACUCCGAGCACCGCCAGUUAUAUCCCCAACGCAGAGCUCAUCUCGCCACCCUUCCGCAAACUCCUUUUACGCUCAACUGCCGCGCGAGUUACCACGUCCGUUUACUGAUACUGUAGCUCAAUUGAUGCUAAAUUCAGUUCCACUACAUAUAUUCCUCGCUAAGCCUCAAAGUGGUGAGGUCAUAUGGACAAACUCCAAAUUCGACGCAUACAGAAGGAGCCAGCCUCAGGAGCAAAAAUUAAGGGACCCUUGGCAAAACAUUCACAAUAGUGAACGUGAUCACGUCUCUCAGGAGUGGGCGAAUGCCUUACGGACGGGGUCACAGUUCACCGAACGAGUGCGUGUGAAGCGGUUCAACGAUGAGACCGCGUAUCGUUGGUUCAUCUUCCGAGCCAAUCCCCUACUAUCCUCCACAGGAGAGGUACUAUAUUGGAUCGGCUCAUUUCUUGACAUACAUGAACAACACAUUGCAGAGCUCAAAGCUGCUCAAGAGAGAGAAAAGUUCGCCAUCGAUGCCAAGUAUAGAGCGUUUUCGAACUCCAUCCCGCAAAUUGUAUUUGAGGCAACUGAAUACCGUGGCCUCAUAUUUGUAAACGAACAGUGGCAUUUGUAUACGGGCCAGAAGCUCGAGGAAGCCCUUAAUUUUGGAUUUGCGAAACAUCUUCAUCCUGACGACUUAGAAAAAUGUGGCGUGCUUUCUGUGUAUCUCGCAGAGUCCCAAAAAGAAAGCACAGUUGCUGGAUCAGAUGCGACGGUAUCUGAAGCCACCAGGAUCAACAUGGCUCUCCAGGAACGUCAUCUUGCUAGCGGGGUCACUCCUGCUUUAGAAGAACUCGUAAGACGUGGGGUAGCUUCCGUCCAGAAGGAUGAAAACGGACGUGUCUUCUACUCUACAGAAAUUCGCCUUCGCUCCAAAGGAGGAGAUUUUAGGUGGCACCUUGUUCGCUUGGUGCGUGUUGAGACCAGCAGCUUUGGCAGCGGAGAGGCUUCGUGGUACGGAACAUGCACCGAUAUCAAUGACCGCAAGAACUUGGAGCGGGAGCUCAAUAAGGCGAUGCAACAAUUGAAUAAUCAAAUGGAAUCGAAGACCAAAUUCUUCAGCAACAUGUCCCAUGAAAUCCGGACACCGCUAAAUGGAAUACUGGGUACCAUUCCGUUCAUCUUGGAUACCCAGCUCGACACGGAUCAGAGACGAAUGCUGGAUACUAUACAGAACAGUUCGACCAACCUGCGUGAGUUGGUUGAUAACAUCCUAGAUGUCUCCAGAGUUGAAGCCGGGAAAAUGUCGCUAGUCAACUCUUGGUUCCAUGUGCGAUCGGUGAUCGAAGAUGUGAUUGACACCGUUUCUUCCAGAGCCAUCGAUAAGGGUCUGGAAAUGAACUAUCUGAUGGAUGUGGAUGUACCUCCAAUGGUGAUCGGUGAUAGGUUCCGAAUUCGUCAAGUCUUGAUAAAUCUUGUUGGUAAUGCAGUCAAGUUUACUUCUCAAGGCGAAAUCCACAUACGCUGUUCCAUCUCUCAUGACCCUGCGACCCUCUCGAAAGAGACACAAUUGCUGUUAAACUUUGACGUGGUUGAUACGGGAAAGGGUUUCAGCGCGAGAGAUGCCGAGCGUCUGAUGCAACGGUUCAGCCAGUUAGGACAAAAUGGUUCCCAACAACAUGCUGGCAGUGGUCUUGGGCUUUUCUUGUCGAAGCAACUUGUUGAAAUGCAUGGCGGCAGGUUGACCCCUAGUAGUAAAGAAGGCCAAGGCGCCAAGUUUUCGUUUUAUGUCAAGGUCGACGCACCCCCGCCGCCGUCGCCUGACGAACCGCGUCUUGUUCGACAGUCUUCCUCUAUGUCCGAUGGCCUGGGGAUGCAAGCCAAGCCUGGUUCCCUGCAGAAAUUGCUCUUUUCGUCAAGGGACUCUCUUGACUCUAAGGGACCGGAUACUUCCGAUAUAUCGUCCGUACUCGAUUCGCCGCUUUCUCAGCCGCCGAGCAGCUCUGAUCCUUCCGCUCGUUUUGGUUUCAAUAGCCUAUCCGAGCGAUCUUCCGUUUCUUCGGCCCUGCCAACUCCCGAGCUCCAUGCCGUGGACCCGCUCACCAAGGCCGAUAGUACGAAGCCUGCUCUCAACUACGUAGAUACGCAGGUUCGACCGAAUACUAUGAGUUCUUCGAGCAGCGACACCAUACGUCCUGUGGCCCGACCAACUUCCUCAAUGUCUCAGGAACCUUCAGUGCCGACUACUUCGGUAGCUGCAGAGGCAGCGUCAGAUGCUCCGCCCUCGCAGGGACCGUAUUCCAUACUUAUUCUCUGUCCUUUGGACAAUACGCGCAAGGCUAUCAAACAGCAUAUUGAACAGGUGGUGCCUCACGAGAUACCGUUUUCAAUUACAUCCUUGCCCGAUGUUGAGGACUGGAAGGACUCCAUGAAUGAUGAUUCUAGUGCUAAAGUUACGCAUUUGGUGCUGAACCUGCCUACCGUGGAGGACGUUCAGGACGUAAUCCAAUAUGUGUCAGAUUGUGAUCCAGCUUCCGCCCCUGAACUUGUCAUUAUCUCCGACCUGUACCAGAAGCGACAAAUCAAUUCGAAGAUCAAGGAACUGUCUGCUAGCGGUAGAUGUGUUUAUACCGUACCAAAGCCGGUGAAGCCUUCAGCAUUCUCGGCGAUUUUCGACCCUGAUAACCGACGAGACCUUAGCAAGGAUAGAAAUCAGGACAUGGCUCGAGAGAUCAACAAUAAUUUCAAGACUAUGUCCAAGAUGGUGAAGGAAGUCAUCGGCAACAAAGGGUACCGGAUAUUGCUCGUUGAAGAUGAUGAAACAAAUCGCAUGGUUAUGUUGAAAUAUCUCGACAAGAUUAAAGUCAUGGCUGAAACUGCGUCAAAUGGUCAAGAAUGCACGGAGAUGGUAUUUUCGAAGGAACCAGGAUAUUACUCUCUUAUAAUAUGUGAUAUCCAAAUGCCAGUGAAGAAUGGGUACGAGACUUGCCGUGAUGUUCGUAGCUGGGAGCUAAAGAACCAUUACCCUCAAAUACCCAUUAUGGCUCUGUCUGCCAAUGCAAUGACAGAUCAAAUCGAAGAUGCUGCACGAGCUGGCUUCAACGACUAUGUCACCAAACCCAUCAAACACAAUGAACUAGGCAAGAUGAUGAUGGGACUGCUUGAUCCUAGCCGACCUCUCCUUCUACUUCGAGAACGCCUCAAAAGAGAUAACCACCGCGAAGAAUAAGGUGGCUUUUCUCAUCACUCGUGUGAUGAAUGGGGCGGCGACUGUCCCAGGCACUUGUUUGUCCUGGUGUGGCCUUCAGCUAACGCGCCGAAUGGAAAAGUACAUGACCUCCCGGCUGCUACGAUCGUGUCCUGAUGUAUCUGCUAAUCGUUCUACAUUUUCUCAUUUUGGGCUGGGGUUUUGGCU